UUUGACUUCAGUUAGUGUGACACAUGGGCUGUAUUAAGGGCUUCGCUUCAUUAGACUAUACCGGAUAGCAGAGAGGGAGUCUGUUGGCACUUGAUAAAUGUUAUAAUCUGCAUGACUGCAGAUGACUCAAACUUUGUUCAGCUCUCUGAAGGGCUAGGGGGCCUUGGCAGCUUUCUGGAAAUUGACUAUUGGCAGCUGAAGGAGCUGCAGGGUUUCUGGGUGGCCAGCUCCUGCCCCAUGGAAUGAGUGAGCUUAGGGCCAUAGGCAGGUCUCUGGAGCUCCGCCUCCAGCCCUCCCCAGCCACCCAAUUUGUGUCUGCUCACUGAGUAAGCCUUUGUCAGCAGAAGCAGGAGUUUGGACGCUCUGAAUGAAAUGUCUUUCCUGCAGGAUCCAAGUUUCUUCACCAUGGGGAUGUGGUCGAUUGGUGCAGGGGCCCUGGGGGCUGCUGCCCUGGCAUUGCUCCUGGCCAACACAGACAUAUUUCUGUCCAAGCCCCAGCGAGCAACCCUGGAGUAUCUGGAGGAAACAGAGUUGAAAACACUGGAGAAGGAACCAAGGACUUUCAAAGCAAAAGAGCUCUGGGAAAAGAAUGGAGCUGUGAUUAUGGCUGUGCGGAGGCCAGGCUGUUUUCUCUGUCGAGAGGAGGCUGCAGACCUGUCCUCCCUGAAGCCCAAGUUGGAUGAGCUGGGUGUCCCCCUCUACGCAGUGGUGAAGGAGCAGAUCAGGACUGAAGUGAAGGACUUCCAGCCUUACUUCAAAGGGGAAAUCUUCCUGGAUGAAAAGAAGAAGUUCUACGGCCCCCAAAGGCGCAAGAUGAUGUUCAUGGGAUUUGUACGGCUCGGGGUCUGGAGCAACUUCUUCCGAGCUCGGAGCGGAGGCUUCUCGGGAAACCUGGAAGGCGAAGGCUUCAUCCUCGGGGGAGUUUUUGUGGUGGGAUCAGGAAAGCAGGGCAUUCUUCUUGAGCACCGAGAAAAAGAAUUUGGAGAUAAAGUAAACCUAGUUUCUGUUCUGGAAGCUGCUAAGAAGAUUAAACCACAGACUUCAGCCUCAGAGAAAAACUGAUUGUGUGACUGCCCAGCUCAGGGACAACUAGGGGCUCAUUGUGUUCACAGAUGCUAAGUUUCCAUGCGUGUCUCUAAAGGGUUAGAACCUACUUAGGCCAUCUUCUCAGUAUAGAUCAUUAAUUUUGUUAACAUUGUACUCUGUUUAGGCUCAAUAAGACACAAUAGCCCCCAAAUAAGACUUAAUAAAAAUCUAAGAAACGAGUGAGGGGUAUUUCAGCUAAAACUUGGAAAACAUGAGACUUAAAGUUGACCGGGGCACCUCAUUACAAAUGUAUAUGGUGUUUGAUGUGCUGUUAUUUGAAAUAAGUGUUUUAUUUUCAUGUCUUUAAAAAUCAAAGAAAAGUUGAUGGUUGACUAGAAGAUUAAGGAUAUAAGGCUUUUGGCUUGUGUGUUUUCUAUUAAUGAUUUGUUAUAUAAUGUUAAAGUAAUACUCAGAUAAAGAAAUUGAUGUGCUCUGGAUGGCUUGAUAAAGGUAGAUUAUAAAAUGAAA